ACAGAAAUGGCGACGUGUUCUUUUCAUUCUAUCUGAAUAUUGAAACCUGUUGAUCGUGCUGGUUUUGAAAUGCACCAUCUUGGAUUAAACCUCGCAAAAUUGUUGGACAACUUUAUUUUUCCGUAACUUAUAGAUAUGUGUUUGGUGUUUGUUUUUCUCAGAUAUAUUACGUGCUAAUUGCUAUCAAUGUCCGAAGAGUCAGGAUUUUAUAUAAAGCUUUAUAACUGAUCACUUUUUCAUUCUUUGUUAUGGACGGGCAAGGAGAAGCUACAAAAAUCUACACAGUUCGAGUUAGACAAACGGGGCAGGAUUUUUCGUUCGGCGUCCCGUAUGGCGAAGACCCACCACCCCUUAUCAGAUUGUAUCAUGGAAAUUCGAAUUCCUCGAUAGCUGUGUUCUCUUUUAACAAAAGAAGCGAUUCUUAUAUCGAACUGUCUAAUGAUGAAUUGGAAAAGUUUGAUCGAUCUUUAAAGAGCGGAGGAUGCAGACAUUCUGAUAGUGUAAACCGUGAAAGAGGGGAUGAAAGAUUUGAUAAACAGUUGGCAAGACUUCAAAAGAGAUUGAAGGAAAGAAAUAAUGGAGACCAGUGUUCUUAUUGUCAACAAUUUGCUGGGGUGGUACAUAUUGACGUUGGACCUUCAAGUUCAGUAACUGCAGGUAUAUUAAUCAUCAUACACUAAGAGCAUGUGCUAAGAGGUUGUCAAGAAACAGAUUUUGUCUGGAAUGACUUUGCGCACAGAAAUGUCAGUUAAUUUAGUCCCAGUUAUUUUGCAAUCACUGAUAUUCUUUGCCAUCACAGAAUAAGUCUUCCAUUGCAGGAUGAAAUCUAUUUGUUAACAGUAACCUAAGUGGCCAUCAGCAAAUAGGGAUCAACUGUUGAAGUAUACGAUCUGCAGCUGUGAUGUCAUAGCUAAUUGAGUCCUACUGAAAUAGUUUUACGUUUUGGAAACUCUUACUUUUUUCUUUUUGUUUUAAAUUAACUCACUUAAAGGGCAGGAGAUAGGGUUAGGGUAUGGUAAGGGAUGUGGAACUUGUGUUUAGGGUAGAGUAGGGUUACCCAAGAAUACCUGAUUGCAGGUUGGACUAGAUUCUUGUCAUUAGGGAGUGGUCAUUAUUUAUGGGGAGGGGGGGGGGUUGGGAAAUGGGGAAAAUAAGGGUUGAAAACUUUUUUGACCCCCCCCCUCCAGACUGAAGGCAAACUUUUUGUGCCUCCCCCUCAUAAAAGUAGAAACUUUUCUGACACCCCCCCCCAGUGUGGAUUGAAAAAUUAACAGCAAUGAAACAGGUGUGCGUUGCAGGUAAAGUUAGAUAUUAGGACAAUCUGUUUAAUCUAGCUCAUGAUGUUUUACCCUGGUGAAUAUGAUUCAACCAUAUAUGAUUAAAAAAUAUAUAUUAUGUAUGUGUUACUGCUUUGCAAUGCAACAUUUGUCCUACCAUAACCCUAACCCAUGACCCGUCUUCAUACAGCGAAAUGAUUUGAACACAGGGUUUUUUAAGAACUUGUCUGGGGGUGGGCAUCUACAAAAAGGGACCAUACUAUAUUGAGUGUGGAGAGAUGACAGGUGGUUGUUGGUGACAAAAAGUUUGGUGUGGUAUCAUAUGUACUAGUAGGGGGGUAUUUUUUGUAUUUUUCCACCCCUAGAACUGAAAUGUGAGCAUUUUCUGAAACAGAUUUUUGGAUAUACAGCGUUACAUUGUGCGUUGAUAGACCGAAUCUGAUCAGUUAAGUGUACUUGCAUGGUAUGUUUAUGUAAAUACCACAACUGGGUCACUCAGGGGGUAGAAAACUUGUUAAACUUAGAGGGCCCCCUAUACCUCUUCACAAUAUGCUUUCACGUAAAAAUAUUUUGCCUUUUCACGAGUCACAGAUUAAGAAAAUCAUCGAUCACGUUUCACGGCUAAGUAAAAUAAGCCCUUCACGCAAAACGUACAAGGGGCCCGAUCACGUUUCACGGCGAAGUAAAAUAAGCCCUUCACGCUUCACGCAAAAAUGGCGAGGCGCUACCAUGGUUGGCGCCGAGCAGGGAAAUUUUGAAAAUUUUGAGUCUCUAGAUCGUUGGAAAUAGCAUUUUUAGAGUCCCCCCCCCCUCCCCAUAAAUAAUGACCACUCCCUUAGUUGCAAUGGUCACCAAAUUCAAUGGCCACCUUUUUGUUGUCUCAGGUCCGGCCAUCAAACUUAUUUACAAUGACUUUAGAAGGCAUAAACAUUGGGAACUUGAAACUAUAGAGUAUUCCGUUAAGUUUUAUUCUGUUUCUACCAAGGUCGGACGAAUUCUUUUAAAAUGUGUCGAAAUUGUUUUUAAUUCGACUCUUCUUACCAACAUUUAUUUAUGCUUCUACAUGUCCAAAUAUCUCUGAAAACAAAAUAUAUAGGUUGCCACAACAACAGCCUGUUUCAUGAUCCAUGCAAGAGGAACGAAACGAGUAGCGUGCGUGGCAGGCUCCCUUCUGUUUAACUAAUUAUUUGUCCCUUGAAUAAGUUUCCAGUAUGGGGAUAAAAUAUUUGAUAUUUAACAAAAUUUUUUGGUCAGUUAACUAGGCCAUACUCGUUAACUAUGGCAAGGCCAAUCUGGUGUUACAUGUGGAAUUAAUAUGAGCCAGUAAGAUGUUUUCCUUACAAAACGAAGUUCCUUAAUUUUUUUAAGAGAAUGAUGUUCAAAUUCAAGUUGAUGAUUUAAAAGUGUCAGAGCCCCAGGUAAUCUGUCUUGUUAAUAACUGUUCAGUUCACGUUUUGUUUAUUUGACUGAAAUAUUACCCUGCCUCAACAAUUGACGAAUAUGGAGUGCCAUGAAUAACCCCAUAUAGAAUGCGGUCUGCAGCACCUUAAGAAUUGUAAACUUGACAUUAUUGGUUAACUACGUCUUUCAUUCCAGAAAGAUACUGACAUGCAUCAGGUUACUUUAUUGCGAUCGAAUUCCUCGUCAUGAUAUUUGAAAAUUUACAGAUUACAGCAUGACAUUUGAAAACUCUUAGAACGAGUAAUUAUCAUUGAAAUAAGGAUAAGAAUCAGUAGCUAAAGAAUUAUGAUGAAAAGCUUCCUGUCUUUUCGUGAAAUCCGAUUCAUAAACCGACUUCUUUACGAUGCUGAGUAAAAGUUCUGAACAGGAACUUUGGUACGUUAUGAGGACUGUUUUGUUGACUUUAUUUGUAUAGGUGAUAUCUUUGGGUUCUACGUCCGCUCAAAUAUCAUGGAAGGAGAGCGUGGUGAACAAUGAACAUUUGGCCGACUGUAUGUUUGAGCUAGAGAUGUCCAAGUCUAAAAAUACAUCGUUCCAAAAUGUGUACAGGUAAUUUAACACUUCUGUUUAAUAUCAUAAACUUAUACAAUAUAUGCCUCAGCAUUUUCCUUCACGGCUUUUUCAGAUUUCUUAUACCGUAAAUACAGUAUGUAAAUUAAAAUGGUCAGUUUAUUUUUAAAGGUUAAUGACAAUGAAAUUCGAGUCUGCAUGUUUAAAUUGAAAGUAGCCUGCGAACAGGCUCACUGGGAGAAAGGUGAGCCUGCACGGAACCAUGCGUUUUAUUCAUUCAUCCCCUUUUCGCACUGCUAAACGCUAACCAAUCAGCGUCGACUGCGAUAAAUAAACUGUCAACUGUCAAAUUGACGCAAGGCGUGUACAUUGUGCAACAUGAACAAUAAUAAUACAAAGCAUUAGCGGGCCGCACAAUAUAUUACUCGGAAAAAUAUAGAAUUCUUCAAAUAUUAAAUAGAUAUCAAUACACAUACAAAUAUAAAGCCGAAUAAACUACCAUUGGCUUUGAAUGUACAGUAAUACUUGUACUAUGUGCGACUGAAAGAACAAUGCUCUGAAUAUUUUGAAGCUAUUACUAAAAUACGGUCAGAUAGAUUGGGAUUUGGAAUACCGAAUACGUUUAAAAUUUUACUAACUGUGGUCUAAAUAAAUGAUAAAUGAGCAUGUAUUUAUUAAUUUCUUCCAAAUCACGAGUGUGCCAAUAGUGGAAGCCGUAUCGAAAUUGUCAGCAGUUAAUAUACAGUAAACAGUACAACGUUUAAUGUACGAUAUAUAUAUUUAUCUAAAUGACAUGCCAGCGAGGAUCGACAAUAUAAUUAUUCGUACAUAUUUUGGUAUCUUUUGUAUGCCUUCGCUUGCUGACUUGCUCACUAAUGAGAAUAAUCCGUGAAGCCACGACGACCUCAAAAUGUACUAUACUAUGGUCUGAUGUCAAUCCGAAGACGAAGUUCAGAAUACUGUUAUAGUUUCGUAUAUUGGAUUUAAGCAAUAGAUUCAAGUCAUUUAUGAUAGACUUUUUUGCUGUGAUGCUUUGCUAUUGCUUUUGGUUUCCAUUUCUAGUUUUAUUUGUUCGAUAGUCCUAUAAUAUAUAAUAUUAAAAUGAAUAAAGUUCAAAUUCUUCAAAAUGCUGUUGUUGACAUUUGCUAUUUUUAGUAAUUUUGUCAACGAGUGUAAGCCAAUCAGAACCCUGCGUUUCUAUACGAACGCCACUACCAAGAAAACCUAUCAUCCGUGCAGGCCCUCUAUUCUUCGCGCCGCCCGCAACCCAGGGCCUGUUCGCAGGCUAAAUUGAAAGAGCUCUGCUAUUUUAAAACUUUUCUUUAUCUUUUUUCAUUUUUGAGAUAUUUUAGUUUGUUUUAUUUGGAAAUGAAUAAAUCUAUACUCGGCUAUAGGACGCACAAGCUGGUAAAAUGUUUCCAAUAUAGCAGUCACGCCAAAGUCACAAAGCUCGCUGUUAAAAAUAGAUGAAAUCAUUGUAGUAAUUUCAAUGAUUCCAUUUACUAAUCUUGCAUAUAAAAAUAUGAAAUUUUAGAAGUCCUGCAGACUGUCAAAAGUUUACCCCGCUUGUGCAUGACGUCAUCCUAUAUUUACAUAUCAAACAGACUGAAAUAUCUUCUAUUUUCAGUCUAUUUGACAGAUUUUGAUAUCUAAUUUUUUUUUUGUAAAAUUACUUAAUAUUUUAUAUGUCAAGUCUGUAUGUAUUGUUCGAUAAGCAUGGUAUUCCAAACUUUCUUUGAAUGAGUGUUUAUAGUAUAAUAUAAAAUGAAUUAAAGUUUGUAAUAAAUUUGAACCAAUUUCUUUAGCAAUAUCUUGUGUCUUCCAUGUACGCUCUCUCUAAAUUUAAAAUAACCCAAAUGUUACAUAUUUUCUGUAGAUCAGGCAUUACCGACAGUUAUGUUAGUUAUAUAUAUUUUAAAUACUUUUGUUUUGUAGUGGAACAGAACAACUUUUCACAAAAACUGGCUUAUUACCUGGAACCAAAUAUUAUUUCAGGUAAGCAUGCAUGUACGUGCGACUUGUUAAUUGAAUAAAUAAGGUUUGCUUCAGAACCUGCACGAUAACUCUCAGGCCUGGAUAACUCUAUAAUUUAACUUUCAACUUACAGCAAGACUUCUUCGCGUCUUGCCACUUGGUAUUGCUGCUGACUUUCUUAUAGAAUUAGCAUGCAUAGUCAAAUAUUUUAAUCAGGUUUGCCUUCUUUGUAUACAGACUUCGUGCAAUCAAGGAUUCUGUAAAGGGACCGUUUUCCUCUGACGUUUUUAUUGUAAAAGAUGCUACAGCCCCCUCCACUCCAGAUAUUCCACACAUAUCUGGUAAGACUAAAACAAGCCUGGCAUUAAAAUGGACG